AUGCAGGAGCCAGGACUUCCAACCCUGCAAGCCAUCUUGCUGUGCUUUUGCUUCCGCAGCAGCCAACGCGAUGCUGAGGUUGGCGCGCAGGUCGGAGAGCUGGUCAGGCUGAUGCGGGGAACGUAUAGCAGCAACCACAAGGGAGUACCGAAGCCCAUGCAGAACAAGAGAUUCGGCAGGAAACUUGGGUGGAGCAAGCAACACCUGUCGGUAAACAUCAGCUUCAGCCUGGUCUUCGAGGCGCUGCCGCUGUGCACUCGCAUCGUGCCGCGUUUUCUGCUCAAGGUGUUCCAGGGCUGCCGCCGCGCCAGCCUCUGCAGUGGGUAUGGAAUGGCCGAACGCAUCAAGGUCAUUCUCCGGGUGCGCCCCUUCAACUCACGCGAGACCCAGGAGGAGGGCGGGACGCAGGAGGCCUUCACGCUGCGAGCGCCAGGCACUGUCACCCUCGUCAACACUAGAGACGGCGCUGGGGGCGACCCCUACUCCCCGCAGCAGGACGCGAGCAGCCGGCUGGCCAGCGGCGCCCAGCAGCACGUCGGCACCAGCAGCUUCGGCUACGACCAUGUCUUUGCCAGCGACCCCGACGGGCCGUGCUUCGCCACGCAGGAGACGAUGUUCGAUGCCGUGGGGAUGCCGCUGGUCGAGAACGCGCUGAACGCGUACAACGGGUGCGCCUUCUUCUACGGCCAGACGGGCGCCGGCAAGUCUCACAGCUGCCUCGGGAACCCCAAGAGCGAGGAGCAGAAGGGGCUCCUGCCGCGCUGCUGCGAGCGGCUGUUCCAGGCGCUCCAGGAAGUGAAGGACACCACCCCUGGAGAGGUCAAGUACAACGUCCUGGUGAGCUACCUGGAGAUCUACAACGAGAAGCUGAGCGACUUGCUCGCACCGAAGAGCCAGGCCAAAGAUCUGCAGGUGCGUCUGCACCCGCAGUUGGGGCCCCACGUGCCUGGCUUGUCGCAGCUGCCCGUGCUGUCGUACGACGCCAUGGACGACAUCCUGGAGGAAGGGGCGAAGCAGCGCAUUGUCGCAGCCACGAACAUGAACGCGACAUCCUCGCGCUCACACGCCAUCUUCUCGGUCGACAUCCGGAUGAACAAGAGUGGGGUAGACUCUCAGGCCCACAUCCACUUCGUCGACCUGGCGGGCAGCGAGCGGCAGAAGAAGACGGGGGCCGAGGGCGAUCGGCUGAAAGAGGGCAUCGCCAUCAACCAGUCCCUGAGCGUGCUGGGGAAGGUGAUCUCGGCGCUCUCGUCCUCCAAGAAGGGCGGGCCGGCGCCCUUCCGGGAGUCGAAGCUGACCCUCCUGCUGAAGGAGGCGCUGAGCGGGAACUCGAGGACCGUGCUGAUCGCCUGCAUCAGCCCCUCCAUGUACAACCAAGAGGAGUCCGUGUCCACGCUCGAGUUCGCGUCGAGGUGCAAGAUGAUCGCGACGAGCGCCGCGAAGAAUCAGGUGGACCGCCGGGACCAGAUCGAGGCUCUGGAGGCGGAGAAAAAGGAGAUGGAGGACCUCCUGGGUCAGAUCUCUAGUUCGCCGUGA